AUGGCCCUACCAGGUGAGAACCUGGUGAGGCGCCUUGUUCACUCAUGCCAUCAGGAUCACCCGCUGCCCCGAGGCCACCCCUGGUGCCGGUGCAGCAGUGAGGAUCUGAGGCGGGUGCUGUGCCCAGCGCUCGCUGCGUCCUCACUGCCGCUGACUUCUGUUGCAGUGGAGGCUGCAGGGCCGGGCAGCAGCCUGAGGGGCCAGGACCAGCAGGAGCAGCCUGCCAUUGCUGUGAGGAUCAGUGCCAGACCAUGCAGUACGAACCUUGGUCAUCGUAAAGUGUCCCAGGAAUUGGUCGCCAUCAGUUGUGCUCGGCAUCAAAGGAUCCAGGAGAGAAAGUUGAAGAAGGAUAAGGAGAUGUUUAUGGCAGCACAGACACUCGUGGACAUACAGGAAUACACUCAACCUUGCAGUGACGAAGUUCAUGUUGGUAAGUGGGUAUGUUGAUAUAUGCCAUCAACAAGUAGCCUGUUCCAUGUUUUUUUUAUGGAAAUACAGACGUUUUCAUAAAAAACACAUCACCAUAAAAUGUAUUCUCAUCCUUUUUCUUGGUGUAAGUUAAGAAACGUCUUCUAAAAUGGGUAUGAAUUUUCAGGGGUCAAAGUUGUCAUGGGAGUGUAUUACUAUCUUCUCGCACCUUUCAGAACAACAGGAACAGUUGUCCCUCCCAGCCAAUGGCCAGACAUUUCAGACAGAGAAGCAAACCAUUCUUUCUAGACCAUCUGCCUGCCAGACAGAAACAGUAACAGUUGCAACUGUUGGCUGCCAAACAGACCUCACCCUAAUGAAGAUGACCAUGUUUGAUCAGCAGUAUGAGGACUUGAACCUGUUACGAACAGAGGUGUAUGAAUUCCGUUCUACAGUAGGUGACUACAAUAACCUCAACCUCAGUAAUGAUGAUGAAAAAGUACUUUUUUAUACAGGGCUGCCAAACUAUGCUGUACUGAUGUGCAUUUUUAAUUAUGUUUGCCUUAAUAUUACCCAUUCAAUUAAUUCAAAGCUAUCCCCAUUUCAAGAAUUUAUGUUUCUGAUGCAUCUUCAUUUAAACACAUGCUUCCAGGAUUUGGCCUACAGAUUUAAUGUAUCUCUUUCAACUGUGUCAAGGAUAUUUUAUAAAUGGGAAGAUACAGCAGAUACAAAAUUAAGACAUUCCAUUGUUUAGCCUGGAAGAGAAGAACUUAGGCUAGCAAUGCCUGCAUGCUUCCGCAGGAAUUUUGGUGACAAGAGUUUCUGUCGUACUUGACUGUUUUGAAGUGACCCUGGCUACUCCUUCCUCCCUAAUGGCCAAGGCAGCUACUUGGUCAAAUUAUAAACACAAUAACUCCAUGAAAUUCCUCUUAGGCAUUACUCCCACAGGAUGCAUAUCAUUCAUAUCUAGAGGUUGGGGUGGUAGGGUCAGUGACAAGACCAUUACCAAGAAGUGCGGCAUUUUAGAAAAUUUGCUACCUGGUGAUAUUGUGCUUGCUGAUAUAGAGUUUGGAAUUGAGGAAAGUGUAGGAUUAUACCAUGCAAGUUUAUAUAUUCCAUCAUUUACCAGGGGAAAAUCGCAGUUGUCAGCCUUUGAAGCUGAAAAUACUAAGAAAAUUGCCAGUGUAAGAAUUCAUGUAGAGAGUAAUUGGGCUGGUUCGUCGUAAAUAUAAGAUUUUUCAAGGUCCACUUCCAAUAGAAUUAGUAAAAGGUAAUGACAGCAAUGAGACUACGCUAGAUAAAAUAGUUUGGAUAUGUUGUGCACUUGUUAACUGUUGUCCAGGCAUUGUACCAAUGACUUCAUGAAUGUAAUUUAAUUACUUAUUUAUGUUUAAUAUGUAAUUUUUAUCAAGCCUUUUUUCCAAGUGGGAUGGCAGAUUAAAUUAAUUGGUAAAUGUAAUCCAAUUAAUUACAUUAUCCAUUUCCAUACAAUAAAGUAAAAACAAAGAUU